UGACUUAUAUGAAUAACAGUUAAAUUAAAAAGAUAAUAAAAUGAAAUUAUAAACUUUACUCCUCAUAUUCAUAAUACUUUUAACCUGUUACUUUUGAAUUUAUAUGCUCACACUUACUGCGUUAGAAUACCUAGGCAGGUAGUCAGUCACUGUUUUAGGUACCUUUAAGUCCUGUUUACCUCUUAUGUGGCAGUAAAUUUUAAAGCUGUCAGCAACGCACGAGCCCCUUUAUCAAAUGUCCCCGUCUCCACGCGACACCAGCUUUUCGGAACACCGCAGUUUAAACAUCAACUUAGGUACCUAACCUAGGUAGUCAGUUGUCACAUCCUCCCCCCCUCAUUCUUUAACAACGCUCUUUUACUAUUAACUAGUCUAAAUACCAACUAUACAAUUGAGUCACGAUGGCUUCUUUCAAGAACUCCCUACCACCGGAUCUCUUCGACCGGACUACGCUCGUGUCCCUCGCCUCGACCCUCGCGAUCCUAGCGGUCGCCUACCUUAUAUCUCUACAAGCCCUCGACCAGAAGACGCCGGGAAGCCAUCGCUUCUUGUUUAUAUGGCACGCGUUCGAUGCCCUGAUACACUUCCUCCUCGAGGGGAGCUUCCUCUACCAUUGCUUCUUCUCGUGGAUACCCCUUUCCAAAGUGGCUAAUCCACACUGGUUGGCGCCCACCGCCCACAAUUUCCUCGGUCACGCCGAUCGCGCGUACGGCUCGCAGGCCGGCGGCAACAACCCGUUUGCUCAGCUUUGGAUGGUGUAUGCGAAGGCAGACCGGAGAUGGGCCGGUGCGGAUCUGACCGUUAUUAGUCUCGAGCUCCUGACCGUCUUUAUUGCCGGCCCCCUCGCUUGCCUCAUCUGCUACGGCAUCGCAAAGAAAGAUCCGCGCACCAACAUCCUGCUGAUCAUAAUCGCGACCAUGGAGCUGUACGGCGGAUUUAUUACCUUCUGCCCCGAGUGGUUAACCUCGAACUACAAUCUCGACACGAGCAACUUCAUGUACAAAUGGGUAUACCUGGUCUUCUUCAAUAUGCUGUGGGUGUUCAUCCCAGCAUAUGCGAUCUGGGUUGCUGUUAAGGAUAUCGAUCACGCUUUUGCCAUAAGGGACAAAGUUGCGAACAAGGUUGCGAGCAAGACUACGUCGUCGUCAAAGAAAAAGUGAUUUAGUUCAGAGGACCUGGUGACUUGGGACAGUUUCUAGGAGUAUAUUGCUCCCCAAGUUUCGGUAUACAGCCGAUGUCUGUAGAUGUUAGCAUCGAUGCUGUAGUAUGAUACCCAUCUUAGCUAUUACUUGCUACUGACAGUUGAGAUAGGUAAUAUAAGAGUUUACGAUUUAUGGCAUGUUUGAAGUCAGUAGUUCUAGUAUCCUUUCUUAACUCGAAAUUAGAGGCUGAUCAGAUGCCUCUACUGAUGACAAAACAGAUAUCGCCGAAGCUGACGUGAUUGCUCUAUUGUAACUCUAUUGUAACUUAAUGUGUAAACCAGAUACAAGAAUUCGUCUGGUUGGUUGCCCGUUGGCUGUACUGCCCGCAUCUGAGUUGGCAUCUCAGCCUGCAUAUGCACGGCGAAACGCACGUCAGACUUUUUGCAUUUCCACCAUACGUUAUCUUUAAAGCCUUGCAUUCUUUUUAUUUUAUUGGAUAUAAAAUCCAAUAGAUGAGGGCUAUGCUCUGGAAGCAGGCUGAGCACCGAUGUCACCACAGGGAAACUAGAGAAGGGG